AUGCACUUAUACCAGCCCGACGAGGGUAACUGUCGUAAAACCAUAUCACUGGAAGCGCAGAAUGACCAAAGGCAACUCCUGCCCCAGACCGCUCAGGACCUAGCUGUGAAGUCCUUCGAGCUCGGCUCACAGUCUCAGAGCUCUGAUCAGGAGCAGAUGUGGGCUCUCCAGACUGGACCAGCGUUCAAUGACUCCCCUACACCCUCAUUGGGCCAAAGUUCGAGCAUCUCACAGGAGGCUAACACCAAGACCCUUCCAUCACUCCGCCACAUUCUCCCGACGAUAGAAGACUAUUUCCAAAAAUCGAAUCAGAUACUCCCUCUGUUCGACAGGGAAGCUUUUAUGAAGAUGCUCCGUAGCUGGUACGCUUAUCCUGCGCACCGCAAACCAGACGCAUGGGCAGCCGUUAACAUUGUUCUCGCAUUGUCACAUCGGCACUCUUACGCCUCCAGCUUCGAGGCGACGCAGAAUAUGCAGCUCUAUAUCAACAAUGUUCAGUCAGUCUUGAACCAGUUGGUAAUCAAUGAGCCAAGUUUGUUGGCCUUGCAGAUCGUUCUCGGGCUAGUCUUGGUGUUCCAUGGCUCGUCGGACCAGGGCCCGGCUUCGAUAAUGAUCGCGACGGCCAUGCGACUGGCUCAAAUCCUCAAAUUGCACACGAAUGCUGGAGAUGGAAGCUUUGAACCGGCUGAAGCCCUUCAAAGAACUCGAGUGUUUUGGAUCGCUUUCAUUCUUGACCGCGACUUGGCAAUGAGGACGUCGCAGCCGCCGAUCCACCAAGACUCGGACAUCGACGUGGACCUCCCGAGUAUCAAGCCUCCAGAUAACGCGGGUUUGAUCUUUAGCUUAUCAGGCCAGGUCUUCAACUUCUUUCGUAGCCGCAUCCAACUAGCCUUCAUCGAAGGCAAGCUUUACUCCAUGCUUAUGUCCCUACGGGCGCUUAAGCUGUCCGAGCACGAGCGUGGGCAGAACACAGUCCGUAUCCGAAUGAUGCUGGAGAAUUGGCAGAAAGCGAUUCCAACAGAAUUUCAGCCGCAUCUUGUAGCAGGAACGGUGUCUACGGAGUAUCUUAGGUAUCUCUCUUUGAUGCACUACACGCAUCUCCAGCUCGUUGCGACAACACACCACGCGGACUCGCAUCAUAUGGCGUGGAUGCAGGAGAUUCUUAAUUGCAGUCAAAAUCAAUCGCCUUCUGUGCAGUCUGACUUGACCGCCCGAUUACCGAGCUGUUGGGACAAGUUGGUUGCGCAGGCGCGGACGUGCAUGCACCUCUAUGCGGCGACGCCCGAAAACGACUCUGCUCUUACAUGGUUGGUAUCGUGUGGCUACCUCACAAGCGUCAUGUUCAUCACAGUCAACAACCUCGUAUGCCCAGACAAUCCGUCUCGCCUGACCGACCAGAGCAACGUUGAUUCGGCGCUACUGCUUCUCGAGCGCCUCAUCAAAGCCACUGAUGAGGGCAGGUUCAAGCGGAUCUACUAUGCCUGCAAGGAGCUCAACGAAAAGGCGCGUCAUGUCGUUUCGUCACAGCCUCCCGAUGAGUUCCUCGAUCCCCCGGGACUAGAGUUUGGCGACGAAGAUCCUCUUGAUGGUGGUCGUUGGGACUUGAUGGAUAGCACGAUUUGGGAAACAGAGGCAUAUACAACAGUACUCUGA